AUGGUUUCUCCAGAUUAUGUCUUAUUAGACUUAGAAAAAGUGAAAGAGAGGCAUGAUCUAUUUGCCAAAACCCUUCCAGAAGAACCAAAUGUCGAACUGUUUAAAUUCAACAAUACAUUAUCUACUAAAGAAAACCUUUCAAACUUAGCGAAAGAGAUUAUCGUUUCCAAUUCUAUCCCUGCAUCUUUAUUUAUUUAUAAACCAAUUUUUCUUGAAGUUUUAUCCCAAUGGAUUUGGAGCUUUCCUAAGAAGCAUGCUGUUCGUAUUUUAGAUGCUGCUGCAAGUAUUAUUACAACAUAUCCUUUAUCCAUGUCGUUAAUGGAAGAAUUUUUGGAAAAGGAAAAUGAAUACUUCACUACUAUUCUUCAAAAUCCUUCUUCACAAUCCGAGCAAGAUAUUUCCAAGAUUUUACUAUCCUAUUAUCGAUUAUUAUACCACAAUAAAGAAGUAUUUAGCAAGUUCAUCAAUCCCGAUUUAUUGUACUCUUUCAUUAACAAUGAAAUGAAUAGUAGUUCACAUGGAAUAAUAAAAUUUUUAGCAAUCAAAGUUAUUUCUGUAUACUUAGAUAUGGGUGAGCAGGCUACUAUCGAUAUGAUCAGAGUAAAAUGUCCCUCCCAAGAAGAGCUAUUAGGAGAUUAUGAUAACGAUUCUAAUAUCGACUAUUAUUUUUUAGACGUAAAUGAAGCCAAGAGAUUUUCCAAUUACACAAAACUACCAGAAGUUGAAGAAUGUUUAGUAGCAGAUCGUAAUGGUAAAUAUUUCAUUAUCCAACCUAAUGAGUUAACAGACAAGGUAGUCUCAAUUUGUGGGAUCCUAGUACCUAAGCUUGCUCAGAAUGAUCUCAGUAACGAGACAUCACUUUCAUAUGUGCCAACUGAAAAAACAAUUGACACACUUCGCCAAUUAGCCAAACAAGUUCAGAAAUCUACCCCAAUUAUGUUAAUAGGUAAAGCUGGUGCUGGUAAAACAUUCAUUAUUAACGAACUGAGUAAGUAUAUGGGGUGUGAAAGAUCUAUUGUAAAAAUCCAUUUAGGUGAACAAACAGAUGCAAAAUUACUCGUUGGUACUUAUACAUCUGGUGAUAAACCCGGUACAUUUGAAUGGAGAUCAGGUGUUUUAACAACUGCUGUAAAAGAAGGAAGAUGGGUUCUUAUAGAAGAUAUUGAUAAAGCUCCGACUGAAGUUUUAUCCAUUUUAUUAUCAUUAUUAGAAAAACGUGAACUUACGAUUCCAUCCAGAGGUGAAACCAUCAAAGCAGCCAACGGAUUCCAAUUAAUAUCAACAGUAAGAAUUAACAGUGAAGAUAGUAGAAAUAUAUCAGAAGGUAAUGAUUUUAAUCUAAAUUUGAUCGGUAUGAGAAUUUGGAACACUAUAUUUAUGGAUGAGAUUAACGCAAAUGACUUAAACAAAAUUUUAUGUGACAGAUUCCCAGUUCUUUCCCAAUUGGUUCCACGACUUAUCAUGACAUAUGAUUCUGUGAAGAAAAUCUAUGAGAACCCAAGAUUUAUUUCCUUGAAUAGGGGUGCACAUGCAAGAGGUACAUCAACUAGGGACCUUGUUAAACUUUGCCAGAGGUUAGAGGUGCUGUUUAACAGCAACAAUAUUACCAAACCGGACCAACUAAUUGAAUCUUCAAUAUAUGACAACAUUUUUUCCGAAGCUGUUGAUUGCUUUGCAAGUUCUAUAGGAGAACUAAAAGCACUUGAACCUAUCAUACAUACUAUUGGUGAAUCGUUAGAAAUAGCACCUUCAAGAAUUUCACUGUUUUUAAGUAAACAUGUUCCUGGAUUUGAAGAUUUCGAUGAUUACAUUUCUAUCGGCAGAACUCAGUUAGAAAAAUCCAAAUCUGCAUUAAUGAAGAAAUCUGUUAAUUCAACUUCGUUUGCAAUGACUAACCAUUCUUUACGUCUUAUGGAACAAAUUGCUGUUUCAGUUAGGAUGACAGAACCAGUACUUCUAGUUGGUGAAACAGGUACUGGUAAAACAACUGUUGUUCAACAACUAUCGAAGCGUCUCAACAAAACUUUAACUGUUAUAAAUGUUUCACAACAAACUGAAACCGGUGAUCUUUUGGGUGGCUAUAAACCAGUUAAUUCAAAAUCAAUUGCUGUUCCUGUUCAAGAGAAAUUUGAAGUAUUAUUUGAAAGUACCUUUUCGCUUAAGAAGAACAUGAAAUUCCACAGAAUGUUACAUAAAUGUUUUAAUAAAAGCCAAUGGAAAAACGUCGUUAGAUUAUGGAAUGAGGCUUUCAAGAUGGCCAAAAGCAUUCUAAAACCAAUAUCUGCCGAAACUGACAAAGAAGAACCAGUAAAGAAAAAGAAAAAAAGUUUGGAUUCUCACGAGAAAACUAUGCUGUUAGAACAGUGGAAAGAUUUCAAAAUUGAAGUAGAGAAGUUUGAAGCUCAAUCGAGUUCCAUUGAUAACUCAUUUGUUUUUGAUUUCGUUGAAGGUUCGCUAGUGAAAGCUGUUAGAAAUGGUGAAUGGUUAUUACUUGAUGAAAUAAAUCUUGCAUCUGCGGACACCUUGGAGAGUAUAUCAGAUCUAUUAGCAGAAGCAACAUCGAGAAGUAUUCUCCUAUCUGAAAAGGGUGAUAUUGAACCAGUUCAUGCCCACCCCAAUUUUCGUCUAUUUGCCUGUAUGAAUCCAGCAACUGAUGUUGGUAAACGUGAUUUACCAUCUGGUAUAAGAUCCAAAUUUACGGAGAUAUACGUACAUUCACCGGACAAUGACAUCAGAGAUCUCUUAUCAAUUAUUGACAAAUAUAUUGGAAAAUACAGCUCUAGUGAUGAAUGGGUCGGAAAUGAUAUAGCCGAGUUAUACCUUGAGGCUAAGAGGUUAUCUGAAAACAAUAGAGUCGUCGAUGGUUCAAAUCAAAAACCCCAUUUUAGUAUUCGUACAUUAACACGAACAUUGCUUUAUGUUCGUGACAUUAUUCAUAUUUACGGUUUACGUCGUUCGUUAUACGAUGGUUUUUGUAUGAGUUUCCUUACUCUAUUGGAUCAGAGGUCAGUCAAAAUACUGGAGCCGAUUAUUGAGAAACAUAUCCUUGGAAGAAUUAAAAAUGUAAAAUCUAUCCUGACAAAGAUUCCAGCUGCUCCAGGUUCAGAUUAUAUUAAGUUUAACCACUACUGGAUGAAGAAAGGUAACGAAGAAAUUAAAGAGCAAGCUCAUUACAUUAUCACACCAUUUGUUGAAAAAAAUAUGAUGAAUCUGGUUAGAGCAACAUCUAGUAGAAGAUUUCCAAUUUUAGUUCAAGGGCCAACAUCCGCUGGUAAAACAAGUAUGAUCAAAUAUUUGGCUGAUAUUACUGGUCACAAAUUCGUACGUAUCAAUAAUCAUGAACAUACUGAUCUUCAAGAAUACCUUGGUACAUACAUCGCCGAUGAUUCAGGGAAACUAGCAUUUAGAGAAGGUGUAUUAGUAGAAGCUUUGAGAAAGGGUUACUGGAUAGUUUUAGAUGAGCUAAAUCUUGCGCCAACGGAUGUUCUUGAGGCACUUAAUAGACUUUUAGACGAUAAUAGGGAACUUUUUAUUCCGGAAACACAAGAAAUUGUUCACCCUCAUCCUGACUUUAUGCUUUUCGCUACUCAAAAUCCCCCAGGUGUAUAUGGUGGUCGUAAAGUACUAUCUAGAGCAUUUAGAAACCGUUUCUUAGAAUUGCACUUUGAUGAUAUUCCUCAAGAUGAGUUGGAAAUUAUUUUACGUGAGAGAUGCCAAAUUGCUCCAUCAUAUGCCAAAAAGAUUGUCGAAGUUUACCGUCAGUUGUCUAUAGAAAGAUCCGCAUCCAGAUUAUUUGAACAAAAGAACAGUUUUGCAACGCUAAGAGAUUUGUUCCGCUGGGCGUUAAGAGAAGCCGUUGGAUAUGAAGAAUUGGCUGCAAAUGGGUACAUGUUACUUGCAGAACGUUGCAGAACUCCCCAAGAAAAGGUGGUCAUCCAAAGAAUUCUUGAAAAAGUAAUGAAAGUUAAACUUAAUAUGAAUGAUUAUUACCAAAGUUUGGAGAACAAAGAGUUAGAGAAUGAAAAUACUGUUGUUUGGACAGGUGCAAUGCGUCGUUUAGCAGUUUUAGUUUCAACAUGUCUCAAGAAUAAUGAACCAAUCCUGCUUGUAGGUGAAACAGGUUGUGGUAAAACAACUAUCUGCCAAAUACUGGCUUCUUAUCUCGAAAAAGACUUAGUCACUCUAAAUGCGCAUCAAAACACUGAAACUGGGGAUAUACUGGGGGCCCAAAGACCAGUACGUAAUCGCUCAGAAUUACAAGGGAAACUCCAAGAACAGUUACAGGGUAUUUUGAAUUCCAAUGUUGAUGAUAUUGACCAAUUACUAAAACAAUACGACACUUUCGAUAAGUCCAAACUAAAUACUGAGACACAAGAAAAUAUUGCAAAACUUCGUGAUAGGUUGGGCAUAUUAUUUGAAUGGAGCGAUGGUCCUUUAAUCCACGCAUUGAAAACGGGUAAUUUCUUUUUAUUAGACGAAAUUUCACUUGCCGAUGAUUCUGUACUUGAAAGACUAAACAGUGUUUUAGAACCAGAGAGAAGUAUUUUACUUGCCGAAAAAGGUGUAAACGAUAAUUUUGUCACAGCCAAAAAAGGGUUUCAAUUUUUUGCUACUAUGAAUCCAGGUGGUGACUACGGUAAAAAAGAAUUAUCACCAGCCUUAAGAAAUCGUUUCACUGAAAUCUGGGUUCCAUCUAUGGAAGACUUUAAAGAUGUCAAUCUAAUAGUAUCAUCCAGAUUGGUCGAUGGAGUCAAUAAUCUUGCUUCUGUAAUCACUGAUUUCUCUGAAUGGUUCGGUAAAAAGUUUGGUGGUGGCAAUGCAACAAACGGUGUAAUUUCCUUACGUGACAUUCUAGCAUGGGUUGAAUUUAUUAACAGUACUUACGAAACAAUUAAGGAUCCAUAUUUAUUAUUGGUGCAAGGUGCACUGAUGGUUUUCAUCGAUGCUUUGGGUACAAAUAACACAGCUUAUUUGGCUGAAUCAGAAGAAUCACUAAACCAAUUAAAAUCGCAAUGUUUAAACACUCUUUCGGAUUUAGCUAAAAAGCCUUUAGCAAGUUACGUUGAGAAUCUAUCCAAUGUUAACAUCACCAACGAAACCUUAAAUGUUGGCCCAUUUUCAAUUAGUAGAAAUGGUUCGACACAAGAAGCUCCUUCUUUUAAUUUGUCGGCGCCUACAACUAAAAUGAAUCUAAUGAGGGUUAUAAGAGCACUACAGGUCCAUAAACCAAUUCUUUUAGAAGGUAGUCCUGGUGUUGGGAAAACAAGUCUUAUUACUGCAUUAGCAUCGAUAACAGAUAACAAAUUGACGCGUAUUAAUUUGUCAGAACAAACAGAUUUAGUAGAUUUAUUUGGUUCUGAUUCACCUGGUGAGAGAAGCGGAGAAUUUGUUUGGCGGGAUGCACCAUUCCUACGAGCUAUGCAAAAAGGUGAAUGGGUUCUUCUUGAUGAAAUGAAUCUCGCAUCACAAUCUGUUUUAGAAGGUUUAAAUGCAUGUCUUGAUCAUCGUGGUGAGGCAUAUAUCCCUGAAUUGGAUAGAUCCUUUUCUCGUCACCCAAAUUUCAUAGUCUUUGCGGCUCAAAAUCCACAAUAUCAAGGUGGUGGAAGAAAAGGGUUACCAAAAUCCUUUGUCAAUCGUUUUAGUGUUGUUUACGUUGACCUAUUAAAGACAGAAGAUUUGACUUUAAUUGCAAAUUACUUAUAUCCAACUAUUAAGGAAGAAACUAUUUUGGGAUUAAUCAGGGUCAUGUCUACAUUAGAGCAAGAUGUUAGUAAAGAUAGAAAAUGGGCAUCUUCAGGGUCUCCAUGGGAAUUUAAUCUGAGAGAUGCCUUAAGAUGGUUAAAACUUUUGAGUAAGACAUCCAUAUCUGGUGAACAACAGGUGUUUGACUUUGUUAAUACAGUAGUGGUGCAGAGAUUCCGUACAGACCUUGACAAGGAGAAAGCACAACAACUAAUUGAAUCCAUUUUUGGUACCUACAAGAAGAAUGAAAACUUUUUUAGAGUUACAAGAGAAUAUGUCCAGAUGAAUACUGAAGUUGCAGUUCGUAAUGAUAUUUUCUGUAACCCUGUAAGUCAACAUUUGAAUGCCCUACAAUGUAAUACACAAGUUUACGAAACAGUUCUUCGUUGUAUUAAUAGAAAUUGGCCCUUGAUAAUGGUUGGUCCAUCCAAUUCUGGUAAGACUGAUAUCAUUAGGUACAUAGCUGGUGUAGUGGGUGCUGAUUUACACGUCUUUUCAAUGAACAGUGAUGUUGACAGUAUGGAUAUAUUAGGUGGUUACGAACAGGUUGAUUUAGUAAGGAAAAUAUCAUACAUAACUAGUGAUCUAAAGACUGUGUUAAGAAGACUUUUGUGUGUUAAUUUAAGAUUAGGAAAUGAAAAUGCCAAUGCAUCCAUUAUUGGUCUAAAAUUAUUAAAAUAUAUUUCAAAUACUACAAUUACUGUUCCUAGAUUCAAGCAUUUUAAGCGUGAGUUUAAGAACUUAUAUUCCUAUAUUCAAAAUGAUCCAGAUUUUGAUAAUUUGAAUAGUAGAAUAGAAUCUCUAUCUGAAAUAAUCAAUAAAGAAACUGCUGUAAAAUUCGAAUGGUUUGACGGUAUGCUGGUACGUGCAGUCGAACAAGGACAUUGGUUGGUGUUAGAUAACGCCAAUUUGUGUUCACCAUCCGUCUUAGAUAGACUGAACUCUCUACUAGAAACAAAUGGAUCCCUUUUGAUAAAUGAAUGUAGUCAAGCAAACGGUGAACCAAGAGUCUUAAAACCUCACAAAAACUUUAGGUUAUUUAUAACAAUGAACCCUAAAUAUGGUGAAUUAUCCAGAGCUAUGAGAAAUAGAGGUAUUGAGAUAUAUAUUGAUGACUUAAAGGAGCGUGCUACUACAUUUGAUAACGAAAUAUUAUUAGGUUCCGACACAGAAGUUGAAACCAAGAAUGUGGAUAUCAAGAGCGAGAGUGACAUUACUAAUAAUUUCCAUACUUUAUCAAUAGGUAUCACCCCGAAGGCUCAACCCUUAAUUAAAUUUAUGCCAAUCUAUUCUGCUGAUAUAAAUGCGUUUGCUGUAUUAGAUGAUAUUAUUUGUUCAAAACAGGGAAAAAUAAACAGCGAGGUUCUAACUAGUAUCCUUCCACUUGAUAAGAUUGAUGAAAUCAAAAGAUGGUCAAGAAACGUCAAAAAUAAUCACUCAUUUAAUACUUCCGCUUAUCAUGAGGCAGCAGCUGCUUUUAUCUUCUUCUUAGAAAAUAAAAAUAUUAUUUCAAAAAUAAAUGAAAUUCAAUUGAAAGAGGAUUUCAGUAUCUCCAAAGUAUUAAAUUCACAGGAGGUGAGCAUUAGUUCACAAUAUAUCAAUCCAAUUUUAAAUGUGUUCACCUUACCUGUUUUGAAGAAAAUUCUCCCAAAUGCAGACUCCUCUGAGUCAAUUUAUCUCUUUACAUGUUUUGCAAUGCUACUGAAGUUAUCCAGGCAAUUACAAGCCGCUGAUGUGAAAUCUAAAAAUUCAAAGAUUGAUGAACUGAAUUAUCUUGAGUUAUCUGCUGCUAUAUUUAAUGGACGUCAUGUGAGAAAUGGUCCCAAAAUUCCUCUAUUUGCCUUACUUGUAAACGUUAUUAACUAUGUGACCCAAUACCUCCAGAAAGGAUCGUUAUUUGAAGAUCCUUAUGUUUACAAACAAUUUAUGAAGUUAUUACUAUUAGUUGAGUCUACAGUAGAGUCAGCCAAGAACAAGGAUGAAGCACGUUUAAGAGUGUACCAAGAGUUAUUAGAAAAAUGGUCCGAAGAAGCAAGCUCUAUUGGUAUUGACGUAAAUGAAUUUACCACAAUAUGUACUAGUGUAAAAGAAAGUUUAAGUUUGACUAGUGGACAAUCUAUUGUUGAAAUUUGGGAAGCAUUUAGGAAAGUCUACCCUUCCACACUUGUAAGUUGGAAAUUAUGGGGCGAAUUAUUGGAACUGUGCACUCAUUUCGAUAGGGUAAAAUCUGAGCAAUUUAGUGAAUCCUAUGAAUCCAUUCGGAAUUUGACAAAUAUGAUUUUUCUUAUAUCACAAGAAAUUAUUGGUAAUGAUGAAUCCAUAGUUAAAGAGCUUUUAAUAAAAUUCGAAGAUGGUAUUCAAGGACUUGAAAAUAUUUCCUCAAAAUUUUUAUUGCGCAGACAACAUAUUUUCAAGGGGGAGUUUGAUAAUCUUUCAAAACUUCUAUUGAGUAAAUCUGACAAAAAUAAAAAUAUUAUACUUGAAAUUGCUCCAUUCACGUCCUGCACAACAGAGAAAUUGAUAAAAUUCGAUAGUGGUAACUAUUCUUAUCCGCCGGUAUUUGAUCACUUAUGGGAAUCUGAGAAUGGAAUAUAUAAGUCAUUCACUGAUUCUCUCUUUUCAUCGAAGUAUUUCGAAAAUAUUAUUUUAAAAAGCAACAAGUUUACUUGUUUUGCGGGGAGUCAAAUAAAUCAAACCAUUACAGACGCCAAGACACUUCUGUCAUCUACUAUAAGAGUAUCAAGCUCACUACUUGAAAAUCCAAUGCAAGAAUAUUCUGAGUUAUUGAGGUACUGGAUGGACCAAAUUAUUUUUACACACACCACCUCUGACCUGUCAACGAUUGAAAGGGAAAUGUGGGAACAGUACAUUAUUUCAGAAUCAGAAGAUGUUUUUGUAGAGACCUUCACGAAAUUUAUCAAACCCGCGUAUAUGUUAAGCCGCAAGGGACUUUUGGAAUUAGGUACGGCAUUCGUUUUGUUUGGUGCCGCUUUAAUAGAGUUAUUUGCUCCUAAUAAACCGGUUGAUCCCGCCAUUAAUGAUUAUGUUCAUUACCAACUAUUCUCAAAGCAUAAGGAAUUUUCAGAAAGUAUGCUUGACAACUGGUCUUCUAUUCGUAUUAUUACCAGUGGUGAUGAGAAGAUACACGCGGAAGAACUGAUUGAUAUAGUUACGGACAAGGAUGCUCCAAAGAAACCAAAGGUAUAUCGUCCAACGACCCCUAUUGAUAAUCUAUUCGAUGAAUGGUUGAAUUUUGUGGAAUCUACAGUUUCUGUCGAGCAAGCUAAACACCUUCUAGCAGUGAUGAAUAACAAUGAAAAAUACUCUACUGACAGGUUAGAAUUAUUCCAACAAAAUACCUCAAACUUUAUGAAACGUCUGGAUACUGGUUACGCCUACUACUCAGAUUUAAAUGAAAUAUUUUCAGGUUAUAUCAUGAGUAUGAAAUUCGGUUUUGAUAUCCUUAGAUAUGUUGACCUAGAAGAGAAGAAAGCGCAUUCUCUAUCGACUUUAUGGCCUAUAGACGUUGUAGAGUUGUAUAACACCAAAAAAAUUAAGAUAUCCUUUGAAAUUAUAGGUAAAUUAAUAAAUGGAUGGACAUUAGAAAACAUAAAUAACGAAAAGGUCCUGGUUUUCUUUUUACGUUUGAUCAAAUUACACAAUAUUGAUGGCGAUUUACUAUCUGUUCUCAAUGAAAUAUUACAAACACUGUAUUAUAGAUGGUCUAUGAGACGUAUCAGAGAAGAACAGAAAAAGCAAGAAGAGUCUAGUUUAUUCAAAUAUGAUGAUUCUGAAGAGGAUAUCGAAAUAGCAAUCAAGAAGAUGUUCCCAGAUUAUGAAGACGUUUUGGAUGAUGAUACCAAUACGUCAAAGAAAACUAAUGAAGAUAUAGAAGAAAUUUACUAUGCCAUUGCCAAAUUAUACAUUUCUAUAUUUAGUGGCAAUGAACAAGGCAGUAUGAUAGAUAUGAUUAAAAGAGGUUCGUCAAUUGUUGAAAUUAUGGUCCACGAAUCAACAAAACUCCAGAGUAACAUUUUAAAUGGUAAUCAACUUGUAGGUGUUAUGACAUCAUUAAGUGAUAAAAUUCAUUUGUUCGAAAAUUCAAAUGAUAACAAAACUAUUAACUUCUACGAGGAAUCUUCUAUAUCAGAAUCACAACGUGCUGUUUUACUUGUGACAAGCAUCUGGUCUUACAUCAAUAUAUUAUUAGCACAAUGGCCAGAACAUGCUACUCUAAUCGAACUUUCACGAAUGUGCAAGGACUUUUUGGAAUGCCCUACGGAUACACCAAUGGCUAAACAAUUGCACAAAAUCGAACAAAUUUAUACUGUUACAAUCGAGUGGGAAAAGUAUGCUGCUUCUAAGGUUUCUUUGAAUGAAUAUAUUACAAAAAUUACAAACCUAAUUGUGUCCUGGAGAAAAUCUGAAUUGCGUACAUGGAAUGAAUUAUUUAAUACGGAAAACGAAAAGAUACGUAAAAGUAUUGGUAAAUGGUGGUUUUAUUUGUUUGAAACAAUUAUUGUUUCUAAUACAAGUAGCACUAGUGAUUGCGAUUCCGAUAAAAAUUUAAUGGAAUUAACAAUAUCUUUGAACACUUUCUUUAGCAAAAGUACACUCGGAGAAUAUAGUGAUAGACUAAAACUAGUAUCAUCUUUUAAGAAACAUGCAGAAGCUCUUGGUUUGUCUCCUGCUCUUUCUAACACAUUGUCCAACAUAGUGUCAUUUUAUAAGCAAUUCGAAGAUACACUAUUGCAACAAAUCCAAAAAGGUAAGAAAUCCCUAGAAAAAGAUAUGAACGAGGUUAUUCUACUUGCUAGUUGGAAAGAUGUAAAUGUUGAUGCAUUGAAACAAAGUUCUCGCCGUUCUCAUAACAGUUUAUUUAAAAUUGUGAAAAAAUACAGAACCUUGCUUUCAACAAAUGUACUCUCUCUGAUCGAGACUGGUUUACCCUAUGUCCCGAACAUCACACUUUCAUUAUGUCAAGUUCAAAAUACAUCUUCGAUUUACGUAGGAAUUGAUAACUCUACCGAACGUUUAUUGUCGAAUAUACCAAGUUGGAAUACAAGAUCUAAAGUAUUACAAAAUGUAGGAGUUGUUAGCUCAAAUAUGGAGAAGUAUGUCUCAACAGUGGAUAGUCAAAUAUUCCCUGAUUUCGUUGAAUUUGUUAAAGAUUAUGCCAGAGAAGCAGACCGUUUACGCGAUGAAACGCCUAGUGUCUACAAAAAGGAAAUCAAAAAGCAACUCGCAACCCUAAGGGCCCAAAAGAGUAAGUUAUUCAGUGAUGCAUUGAAGGAAUUGAGGAGAAGUGGUUUAAAAACUAGCUUUAGAAAGGACAUUCAUAGAGUCCAAGGUAAUUCUUCAACGAUAUUGGCCAAUUCGCUUGCUUUUACUAAUGAUAAUUUAAGAGAUGCUGAUAAAUAUUACUUCAGAACAAUUGAUAUAUUACCACGUUUAAGAAAUGCAGUUGCUUCACCGGCUGAAGACGUUCCAAUCGCAGGCAUUGAAAAAGGUAUGGCAAUUAUGGAAAACCUGAUAUUUACUCUGAUUACUACUAGACAACCUAUUGCAAGACUUUCAAACAAUUUUGAAAUCAUCUGUAAUUUACAUGACACUUUUGAAAGUUAUAGCUCCUCCCAAGGCUCUAUUAAACAAUUUUCUUUAGAAUUUGAUUUUUCAAACGCCAAAUUUAUGAUCUAUAGAUUACCAAUGUUACUAGAUUACUGCUUAAAUGGGCUUCUGAUUAUUGAUGAAACAAUGAACACAGAACAUGAUAAAAUCUUUUUAAAUAACUCUAAGCUCAAGUUAGACGCAUUCCAAGAAAGGAUAAAAAAGAUUGUCGUCUUUGAUGCCUCAACUUCCCAAGUGCUAUCUGAAUUCAAGAAUUUUAUGGCUAACUUUGUUAAACAGAUAAAUGACAAUAAAACAAAAUCUAAUUUCUUCAUUUAUGAUAUAUUAUUAGAUUGGAUAAACAAUAAUCAUAAGAAUCAUUACGACAAGUCAAAUUCGUCCGGUGAAAUUGACCUCCUUGAGAUCGAUCACUUAUUGCGUAAAUUAUAUACCAGUAUUGUUUUAGUAUUUCAAAAGGUGAUGGAAGAUGAAUGCAAAUCGGUAUCAGUUGAAGAUGAUAUAUGGUUAUCUACAUCAUCAAAGCGGAUAAUUACAUUGUCAAAAUUAGUUUACGGUAACACUAUAAUCAAAAAUAUUGAAAAGGUUGAAACAUUCCUUAAGUCCAGAGAUUUUUCGAUUACUGACUCUCAACUGGUUCGUGCAAUGCUUAUGUUUACUAUGCCUGUUUUCACACGUUACAAACAAUUAUUAGAAAUAAUUUUCAAAAAAACUAGAUCAUUCUAUGUUAAUCUAAGCCAUGGCUCUUAUAUUCUAUCUAACAUCCUUUUCAAUUUGGCUAAGAAUGGUUUCUGUUCUCCGGAACCACCAUCAGAAGAAAUUGAAGAUAAUAAUCUGCAUGAAGGUACUGGUCUUGGUGACGGUGAAGGUGCACAAAAUAACUCUAAUGAUAUAGAGCAAGAUGAAGAUCUAACCGAAGAUGCUCAACAAGGUAAUGAAGACCAAAAAGAUAAAGAUGAACGGGAUGACGAUGAAAAUGAUGAUGCAGUUGAAAUGGAAGGUGACAUGGCUGGUCAAAUGGAAGAAUUAUCUGAUCAAGAGCAAAAUGAAGAAGAUCAAGAGAUGGAUGAAGAAGAUGAGGAACAGCUAGAUGAAGAAAUUGAUAACCUCGAUGAAGAUGAUCCUAAUGCAAUUGAUGAUAAGAUGUGGGAUGAAAAACCAGAUGACAACAGCAAAGAGAAGAAUUCUGAUAAAAAUUUAGAUAAUACUGACGAUAAUGAUGAUGUUCAAGCAAACGAAGAAAAUGAAAAUGAAUCUAACGAUAACCCUGAAAAUGCAAAUGAACAAGAAGCUAAACAAGAUGAAUCAAAGAACGAAGAAAUAAAUGAAGACAAGGAUAACUUAGAGGACAACUCAGAUGCUGAUUCCGAUUCAGAUGCGGAAGAUGUCGGUGAACAAGAUGACGAAGUGAAAAAUGAGGAGGGUCAAGAUCUUGAUGAAAAUGUUCCAGAAGUUGAAACAAUGGAUCUCCCUGAAGAUAUGAAUUUGGAUUCUGGAGAUGAAAAUGAUGCUGAGUCUGAAAAUGAAAACAUGCAAGACGAAUUCCCUGAAGAACAAAAUGAAGAUGAAGAUGAAGACAUUGACAUGGAUAAUGAGAAGCUUGAACCAGAGGCUGAAAAUGCAGAAAUUGAUGAAACUGAAAACAAUGAAGAACAAGAAGUUGAAGAGAAUAUAGAGGCUGUUGAUAUUGAUGAAACACCGAUUCCGGAAAAUGAAAAUGGUGUCGAUGAAACCGAAAAUCAAGAAGAAGAUGAAGGUGUUGCAUCUGAUGACGAACUAAAUAAUGAACAAGGUGCCACUGAUGAAAAUGAAAAGGAUAAAGAACAAGAAGAAGGUACCAAUAACGAACUCGAUGGCUUAGAUGGUAUCGAUAUGUUAUCUGACGAAGAAAAUAUCAACAACGAUGCUGCUGUUAAUGAACAAUCUGGUGCUAAAGGAACUGGGUCUGAUUCUAAGGAUACUGAAGAACAAGAUAAUGUUGGUAAUUUUGGUUCUACUCAAAAUUCUCAUGAAGAACAAGAAGAUCAAAAUGAAUCAACCGAUGCCUCAAGAGAAGAGGCUAAAGAAAGUUUGAAACAAUUAGGGGAUGCCUUAAAAGAAUUUCAUAGACGUAGACAAGAUAUCAAUGAGGCUAGUCAAAGAGAUGAAGAAGAGGAAGACACAAAACCAAAAGCCAAUGAACGUCCAGAUGAAUUCGAACAUGUUGAUGGUGCUAAUACUGAAACUGACACACAAGCUUUAGGCUCUGCUACUAAUGAACAGUUACAAUCUAUCAAUGAAGAUAUGGCUAUAGAUGAUGAAUUACCUGAAAAUCAGAAUUCUGGAGACGACGAUAAUAUCAAGGAAGAAGAAGAUCAUGAUAUGUUAGAAGAUGAAAUAAUUAAAAAGGAAGAAGAAGAAAAUAUCAGCGAUUUAGAAAUGACUGAAGGUACACAACAACAGAAUUCUACAGAGAAUGAAUUAGAUCAACGAAUCUUCACAGAAAAAGAUCAACAAAAAGAACAAGAUGAAGAUAUGUUUAAUGAAAAGAACUUAAUGGAAAGCCAACAAUAUAAAGAUGAAAUUGAUGAAUUGAUAGAUACAAUUGAUAAUGAAACCAAACUGGAGAAUAUCAAUGAAACUCCAAAGAGAUCAAUUGAGGAGUCACGUGAAUUAUGGCAAAAGAGUGAAAGAUCUACGAGCGAUUUAGUAUCCAGACUUGGUGAACAAUUAAGGUUAAUCUUAGAGCCUACUUUAGCUACAAAAUUAAAGGGUGACUACAAGACUGGUAAGAGAUUAAACAUGAAGAGAAUUAUUCCAUAUAUUGCAUCUCAAUUCCGUAAAGAUAAAAUCUGGUUGAGAAGAACUAAACCAAGUAAACGUGAAUAUCAAAUUAUGAUCGCUUUGGAUAAUUCCAAAUCAAUGAGUGAAUCAAACUGUGUGAAACUUGCCUUUGAAAGUUUGUGUUUAGUCUCAAGAACAUUAACCCAAUUAGAAUCUGGAGGUUUAUCGGUAGUUAAAUUCGGUGAAACCUCAAAGGAAGUUCAUUCUUUUGACCAACAAUUUAGUAAUGAAACUGGUGCAAAGGUAUUCCAAUGGUUUGAUUUCCAAGAUACAAAGACAGAUGUCAAGAAAUUAGUCGCCGAAUCUUUGAAGAUUUUUGAAAAUGGUCGUGCAAUUACUAACUCUGAUCAAUGGCAAUUAGAAAUUAUUAUUUCAGAUGGUGUUUGUGAAGAUCAUGAAACUAUUGAAAGAUUGGUUCGUCGUGCAAGAGAAAAGAAGGUCAUGUUAGUCUUCGUUAUUAUUGAUGGUAUUAGUUCAAAUGAAUCAAUUAUGGAUAUGAGCCAAGUUAACUACAUUCCAGAUAAGAAUGGUGUACCUCAAUUAAAAAUUACAAAGUAUUUGGAUAACUUCCCAUUUGAAUUCUAUGUCGUAGUACAUGAGAUUAGUGAAUUACCAGAAAUGUUAGCUCUAAUUUUACGUCAAUAUUUUACAGAUUUGGCGUCGUCAUGA